UUUAAAUAAAUUAAAAUAGUUGUCAAUAACAUCUUAGAUUUCUGACGAAGAAUCCCUGAAUGGCGGUAUACCUAUAUAUAAAACACCACCACUCUAUAUAACAGACGCAGUUUUACUUCUUUACAAAAUGAGUGAUAAGCAUGUGUGUACCGCCGGGAGCGCUCCGCAAGGGCCCGUUUUGAACAUGAGCAAUGAAGUUGAAAUUUUUAACAAUGCAAAUGGAAUUUCAAGAAGAGAUGUAAAGGCGUGCCUUGAGGAGUAUUCGCCCAGAUUCAAUUGGUUGAAAAGCAAAGCAAGGGUCCUGGAUAUCGGAAGCUGCGACGGCAGUGUUACUACAAUACUAUCUACAUUCCUGCCCAGUGACUACGAAGUUCUCGUUGGAGCCGACAUUAACCCAAAUUCUGUUAAAUUUGCAAACGAUAACUACGGAAAUAAACGAAUCAAAUUUGUUGAACUGGACAUCGAGGGAACGUUACUAGAUGACAUGAAGGAGAGUUUCGACCACGUGUUCUCGUUCUACACAUUGCACUGGGUUGAUAACCAUUUGAAAGCUUUCACAAAUAUAUACAACAUAUUGCAGAAGGACGGAGAGUUCUUUGCCAUAUUUAUGUUAUUUGGCGAUGUUUAUUUCAUAUUUGAAAUAUUGUCUAAAUCAAAGAAAUGGGCGCCAUGGAUGCCCAACUUCAAUAAAUUUCCAUCGCCGUAUUAUGAUUUUGAGGAUCCAGAUGUUCAUGUAACAAAAAUGUUAAAAAAUAUUGGAUUUAAUAUUCACGAUGUGAGAUGUAAACAAAGAUUACAUCAUUUCGAAUCAGUUGAUGUAAUGAAAGGCAUAUUGACAGCAAUAAAUCCUUUCGAUGUUCCGAAGGACUUGUGGCCGGAAUUUUUGGAGGAGUUCGUUGAAAUCCAAAGAAACAUGCAUCUCGUGAAUGAGAAAGGAAUCAAGAGUCAUUAUAACUUAAUGGUAAUCCAUUGUUCUAAGUAACAUUUUUAUGCUAUAUUAUGAGUAAAUAGAUAUUUU